AUAUAGGAUGUAGUGCGCAUGUGCAAACAUCUACCCAGGUAAACCCCACCACCAUGGCGGCGCGAGGCCAUGUGCAGGAUCCGAACGACAGGAGACUCAGACCGAUAUACGAUUACCUCGAUAAUGGCAACAAUAAGAUGGCCAUUCAGCAGGCUGACAAACUGCUGAAGAAACACAAGGACUUGCAUUGUGCAAAGGUCCUGAAGGCCAUCGGUUUGCAGCGAACUGGGAAGCAGGACGAGGCUUUUACUUUGGCACAGGAAGUGGCAACGCUGGAGCCCACCGAUGACAACUCCUUGCAGGCUCUGACCAUAUUGUACAGGGAGAUGCACCGACCUGAGCUGGUCACCAAGCUGUACGAGGCGGCGGUGAAGAAGGUCCCCCUCAGUGAGGAGUACCACUCGCACCUCUUCAUGGCCUACGCCCGCGUGGGGGAGUACAAGAAAAUGCAGCAGGCAGGAAUGGCUCUCUACAAGAUCGUCCCCAAGAACCCUUACUACUUCUGGUCCGUGAUGAGUCUGGUGAUGCAGGCCAUCUCCGCCCAGGAUGAGAAGCUGGCCCAGACCAUGUUCCUCCCCCUGGCCGAACGCAUGGUGGAGAAGAUGGUGAAGGAGGAGAAGAUAGAAGCAGAGGCUGAGGUGCAGCUGUACUUUAUGAUACUGGAGCGGUUGGGGAAAUGUGAAGAGGCCCUCGAAGUGAUCAGGGGCCCGCUUGGUGAGAAACUGACCAGUGAGUUACAGAGCAGAGAAAGCAAGUGUAUGAUGCUGUACCAGCGACUACAGCGUUGGCCAGAGGGCAAUGCCCUGGCCAGCAAGCUGCUGCUCAAAAACCCCGAUGAUUGGCAGUUCUAUUCUUGUUACUUUGACUCCCUCUUCCACCUGAUUGACCAAUCGUGGAGCCCGCCGGAGGAAGGAGAACACUGUACAGAAGGUGGGGUCCAUAACACCGUGGCCGAGGCCAUGACGUUUGUGGAGGACCGCAUCAAGGCGGAGGACCAGAAGGAGACCCGGCAGCUCCGGGGCCCUUACCUGGGCCGCCUGGAGCUCAUCCACCGGCUGAGGGAGAGGGGCUGCCCUGAGGAGGCCCAGCUAGGGGAGCCGUGGGAUCUGAUGACGCAGUACUUCAGUCAGUUUGGAGACAAGCCCUGCUGCAUCACGGACCUGAAGCUAUACCUGCACCUGAUGCCCCCUGAACAGCACCUCAAGUUCAUCCGCGGGCUGGGGGAAGCGGUUCCUCUCGGCGGGGAGUCUGAGGAGGAGGGCGGCUCGGUGUUCCCCGAGGACACCAAGGCGCUCCAGAGGCACCUGUGCGUGUGUCAGCUGAGCCGCGCGCUGGGCCUCCACCACGCCCUCAGCCCUGAGGGGAAGCUGAGGGUCAUCAGAGACCUCAAGGCCCACUACCACCACGGGCUCAAGUUUGGUGCGACCGCUCUGAAGACGGAGCUGCAGUUUUCCGACAUGUACUGUCUGAUGGCCGCGCACGUGUACGUCGACCUAUGGAAAGAGACGGGGGAGGAGUCCAUGGCCUGGCAGGGCAUCGGCCUGCUGCAGGAGGGUCUGUCCCACUCGCCCUCCAACGCCCAGUUCAAGCUGCUCCUGCUCCUCCUCUACUGCCACCUGGGGGCGUUCGAACCCGUGGUGGACCUCUACUCCAGCCUCGACGCCAAGCACGUGCAGCACGACACCAUAGGGUAUCUGUUAACUCGUUACGCUGAGCCUUUGGGUCAGUUUGCUGCAGCCUCCCAGUCCUGUAAUUUUACCCUCAGGUUUUUCCACUCUAACCAGAAAGAUACCUCAGAGUACAUCAUCCAGGCGUAUAAGUACGGGGCGUUCGAGAAAAUCCCAGAAUUCAUUGCUCUGCGCAGCCGGCUCAACCAAUCGCUGCACUUCGCUCAGGUCCGCACGGAGAGGAUGCUGCUCGACCUCUUCCUGGAGGCAGACAUCGUGUUGAGUCUGGAGGAGAGUGUGAAGUCCAUGAGUUUGACCCCAGAGGAGGACGACAUCCCCUGGGACACCCUGAGAGACAACCGAGACCUCACCGUCCUCACCAGCUGGGACCCUAGAGACCGGUCUCUGACUGAGGAGCACCGGCGAGCCUCCAUGGAGGAGGAGUGCCUCUGGCUGAGGAUGCGCUCCCUCACGCUGCGCCUCCUGGCGGCCCUCACCGCGCUGGGCCGCGCCCACCAGCAGCAGAACUCCCUGGGCAGCGAGAACGGCGUGGGGGACAAGGCCUCGGUGGCGGCCCGCCUCUUCUCCCAGCUGGAGCAGGCGCUGCAGAGCGCCGCCUGCCUGUCGGAGAAACGCUCACAGUAUCCAUUCCUGGGCCCCCCGUCCACGCGGCUGGCUGCGGCCAUGGCCUGUGGGAGCUGCCAGUGUCAGACCUCAGCGCUGCAGCUCACCGUGCACCUGCAGGAGCUGGAGACCAUGGGACUGGAUGAGUCAACAGAGCUUCAAACACGGAUCUGCAACACUUUUAAAUCUUUAGUAAUACAACUUCAAGAAAUGUCAAAUAAAUGCAACGGCGAUCUUUUGGAAAUGAAAGACAGCCGGUUGAAAACCCAGCCCUCCCUAUUAGAAAACCUAGUCUUCUUUCUUGAGACGAUGAGCGUGGUGCUAUGGGUGGCCAGUCAAUGUGCUAAGGUGAUACGACCGCUCAAGGCGAGUCUACAGAAAAAGAAGAAGAAGAAAAAGGACACCAACACAGCCACGCCCGCGGUGGUGUGUGGAUUCCAGGUGCUGACCGGUGGCCUCCAAGAGGUCCUCAGCCAGGUGCUGGAGCACAUCAAGACCCAGGAGCUGGGGCUGACGGCUCUCAAGCUUGCCUCUCUCACCCUGGAGCCACACACACAGGAGGAGGAGUCUUUUAUCAGGGCUGGUAUGGACAAGGUGCACAGCAGUUAUUUACGCUCGCUGCAGGAGUUGGGAGAUCUGCUGAAGAGGAGAGCAGAGACGCUAAAGACCCUCAAGAUCUGACACGCCAUCGCCACCCGACACCCCGAUCAAGAUCAUUGUUAUUGACACAUUCACCCCCCCAGCACCACUCUCAAUCUUUAUCUUGGCUCAUCGUUUACACCACACCCACCAGCUCCACUUAACCUCCCCCCAAUGCCAGCUGAAAAAAAGAGCAACGUUUUGUUUGGAAUCUCCGUCUCCCCUUUCACUACUCCUCGAGUUGGGUUCAUGUGAUUUGUUCCCGGCUUUCUUCUCCACUUUCCUCCCUCGGCCGAGGCGCUCCGUGUCUCACGUAGCACAGCAGAAUCUCGUGAAGUGCUCUUGGGGGGAAAAUGACACGGCAGUUACACAGUAAGAAAAUGAAAACCAUAGCAGCGAAAAAUAGAUGAUUAUAAAAGAGCAGUUUUAGAUUUAACGACUUAUAAAUUAUUGUACAUAGUCUGCAGAGCUAAGCCUCACCAUCACGGCAUCAACUACUCUUUGACUGAACAGGAAUAUAAAGAGAGACAAUAAAACCACUAUUUCCAUUGUAUGUUAGUUAUUACGGCCACCCCCCUCCUCCAUUUUAAUUUGUGACAGAGUCCCUUAUUUUAUUUUAGCCUCACACAAGUGUUCUCCAUUGGUUGCUUGUCCUACAUGUAGAUAUGGAGUUUGAAUAAGAUGGCACUGUUUUAAAUCUGCAUCCAUCACAGACACGACUUGAGGCCACAGCCGAGGGGCCAGAGACUGAAUUCACUUGGUUGUGUUUUUAAUAUUUUAAUUUUGCGUGUUCAUUAUUGUAUCGGGGGAGGUUCAUUCAUGUAGUAGUUUCAGUAUUAAAACCAAAUGAAUUGAAACGUAUAAGUCACACAAAUUAAGGAUUUAACUUAGGAUGUCAGCGGCAUUACUCUCCUGCCCCCCCCCCCCCCUCCGAUAUACUGGUUUCAAAAUUGAACAUCCACAGAACUCUUUUAUAUUGCACCUUCCAAGUGAGUUGAAAGUUUCAAAGAAUAUGGUUGAAGACUGUUUAUGAUUAUGUCAUAAUGAAUGCUCCACAAACACAUUGCCUACAUUACCUACUGAGCCAUUUUAAGUACAAGCUGUGUUAAUGCAAUAGAAGACGUGGAUGUCAACUUUUUCAACAACUAAUUGAAAGACUGUGCUUGUAUAUUUAACAGUAAUUAUGACAAUGAGGUUAAAAUAAAUAUCAACACAUGCUAGGAUUAAACUAAAACCAAGUGCCUGUGUUGUCAAUACAUGUACCCAUUCAAAACUCAACCAAACUCAAAAUGCUCUCAAAUCUUCUCAUGUCUGUUUUUCUACAAAGAUGAAAUGCAAUAGAGGUAGGUUUUGUGACUCUUGGUUGGCUAUUUGCUUUUGCACUAAACUGCCAUAACCAGUUAAUGUAUUUUCCACAGCUAUUUCAACAUUGGACCUAAUUUGUAAAUAGAUUUAAGAUGGUACAUUAACUAAACUGCUGCAGUAGAAAAUCCAUUUGUUGUGUUUUGUUUUGCCUUGGUCUACCACCUCCUUUCAAAUACACAGGAUAUUUGGUCUCCUACAUCUUGAUCAGCUUGUGAAAAAUGUAUAGCUUAAAGAUAAUUUUCAGCUGACUGCAUAAGGAACUAAAUUAGCGAGGGAAUUUCAUGCAACAGCAUUAGUAAGAAUAAGCCAAGACCGCAGCCAUAAGCUUUCUGACCCUAAAACAUUGCGAACUUUAGUGCUGUGUUAAAAAUUCUAAGUAAAUCAGAAUUUAGAGUUACAUAAUAUAUCCCAUCUUGACACCCAUUUGUAUAUUCAUACAGAGACGUCUGGUAAACAUGCCUUUGUUUUGGCUUCUGGCCCACCCGAAUCAUUAAGCUUGAGAAAGUUGUUAUCCGAGUUUUUGUUGAGGUUGAAUGUUUGUUGAAUGCGUGUCAUCCUACCCAUUCAUUCUUUUGUUAAAAAAUUGAAAACAAAAACACUGGAAUGUCAAUUUUUGAAAAAAU